CUUUUUUCCUUUCUCUCUCCCGGCCAUUUUGGCGGCUGCUCUUGGUUGGGGCCAUCCCGCACCUAAGGCAGGAAGAUGGGGGCCUCAAAGAAGACGAAAAAGUCGCUGGAGUUGAUCAACUCCAGGCCCCAGCUCAUUAUGAAAAGUGGAAAAUACAUGCUGGGGUACAAGCAGACUCUGAAAAUGAUCAGACAUGGCAAAGCAAAGCUGGUCAUCCUCGCCAACAACUGCCCGGCCUUGAGGAAACCUGAAAUAGAAUACUAUGCCAUGUUGGCCAAAACUGGUGUCCAUCACUACAGUGGCAAUAAUAUUGAAUUGGACACCGUAUAUGGGAAAUACUACAGAGUGUGCACGCUGGCUAUCAUUGAUCCAGGUGAUUCUGAUAUCAUUAGAAGCAUGCCAGGACAGACUGGUGAAAGGAGGGGACAGCAGAUGGCUGGGCCCAUGGCAGGAUGUUUGGGCUACAAGGGGAUCAGCACCUGCCCCCACACAGAGCAUACAGGCCCCUUCUUGCUGUGCGAGUCUGCAGGAAUUUCGUGA